AUGGCCACCAGGGUGGCCGUGUCGACGCGCGGCCGCGCCGGCGACCAGCCGGCGGUGCGCAAGGGGCCGUGGACGCUGGAGGAGGACCUCAUCCUCGUAGGCUACAUCUCCGAGCACGGGGAGGGCUCCUGGGACAACCUCGCGCGCGCUGCUGGUUUGAACCGCAACGGGAAGAGCUGCAGGCUGCGGUGGCUCAACUACCUGCGGCCGGGCGUGCGGCACGGCGGCAUCACACCGGCGGAGGACGCGGCCAUCCGGCAGCUCCACGCGACGCUGGGGAACAAGUGGUCCAAGAUCUCCAAGCACCUCCCCGGCCGGACCGACAACGAGAUCAAGAACUACUGGAGGACCAGGAUCCAGAAGAAACCGGCAGCGGCCAAGACGACCCCGCGUCAGCAGCAGCAGCCGGCCGUCAGCGAGGGCGCCAGCUCCGAUGCCGGGGACUACUACUGGUGCAGCACGAAGCCCGACCCCUACCAGCAAGCUCCGUACUACUUCCAGAAAGCCGCCAUGGCAGCUGCGACGACGCCGGCGGCGGCGGCCGUCAGCGGCGAAGGCGCGUCGUCCGCGCUGACGAGCCAGGACAGCCCCACCGCCGGAGACUGGCGCAUUCAGCAGUCGAGUUUCCCGGACUACUCGGAGCUGAUGAGAUUGGUCGCCGGCCACGGCGAAACGGCCGUCGGCGUGGACGCUCUGACGCCGCCGCACUUCUUCUCGUCCCAGUUCAGUGACACCUUCUGGAACGCUGUGGAGAAUUUCUGGGAGACAAAACCGGUCGCAGGUGCAUUCUGA